GACGCUGGCUCCGGAGCCGGCCGCAGUGUCGCGCGCGUGUUGUCCGUGUGCUGGCGAGUGUGAGUGCGCGCGCCGGAGGGGGAACGCACGUGACGCCGCCAGCAGCGAUCUCAGAGACAGCAAGCCUCACCUCCAUGGCCACUGGACUUUUAUCUGAAGAAACUGCAUAAAACCUGGAGUCAACAACUGGCAUGUGACAGCUGCGAAAUGUUCCACGUUCUGGCGGCGGCCGGCGCUCUGCUUUGGCUCGCUCUACCGGGCAACAACGUGGGGGUGGCCUUCCAGCCGGAGUUCGCAGAGCCAAUCGCCAACCAGACCGUGGCCGUUGGAAGGGACGCAACCUUCAAGUGCGUCGUCCACCACCUGGGGGGAUACAGGGUGGGCUGGGUGAAGGCCGACACGAAGGCGAUCCAGGCCAUCCACGACCACGUGAUCACGCACAACCCGCGCGUGUCCGUGUCGCACAACGACCUGGCCACGUGGAACCUGCACGUGCGCAGCGUGACGGAGGAGGACCGCGGCCAGUACAUGUGCCAGAUCAACACCGACCCCAUGAAGAGCCAGAUGGGGUACCUGGACGUGGUGGUGCCGCCGGACUUCGUGCCCGAGGACACGUCGGGCGACGUGAUGGUGCCCGAGGGCGGCACCGUCAAGCUGACGUGUCGCGCGCGCGGCUACCCGCAGCCGCACGUGCUGUGGCGGCGCGAGGACAACGUCGACCUGGUCAUCAAGGAGCCGUCGGGCGUCAAGACCAGAGUGUCCUCGUACCAAGGGGAGAUCUUGAAGCUCGCCAAGAUCACGAGGUCGGAGAUGGGCGCCUACCUGUGCAUAGCCAGCAACGGCGUCCCUCCGUCGGUGAGCAAGAGGAUCAUGGUGAACGUUCACUUUCACCCGGUGAUCCAAGUGCCGAACCAGCUGGUCGGCGCGCCCUUGGGGACUGACGUGACCUUGGAGUGCUACGUGGAAGCGUCGCCCAAGUCCAUCAACUACUGGAUCCGCGACAACGGAGAGAUGGUGAUCUCGAGCGAAAAGUACGACGUGAACCUCAUCCUCAAGUCGCUGUUCGAGGUGCGCAUGGUGCUGGCGAUCAGGAACUUCCAGCCCAGGGACGUGGGCUCGUACCGCUGCAUCGCCAAGAACUCGCUCGGCGAGGUGGAGAGCAACAUCCGGCUGUACGAGAUCCCCGGGCCGACGCGGCGGCAGUUCCAAGAGCCGCACUACGACGAGGAGGACUACGACAGCCAGUACGGGUCGGCGGAGCAGGAGGCGGCGGAGGGCGAGGAGGGCUCGCGCAACGCCGUGCUGCAGCGCGGCGCCGCGCCGCCCACGCCGCCACCGCCGGCCCCCGGGACGCACGACACCUACACGGAGCACCAGGCGCCGCGCCCCACGUCCCUGGCCGCCCCCGGCGCCGCCGCCCCCGACCGGCGCUGGCUGCUGGCGGCGGCGGUGCUGUGGCGCGCCUGCGCCCCGCGCGGCUUCUGAGGCCUCGCGGAUCCUCCCCCGCACGCACCUUGUCUACAACUGGUCACUCGUGCAUCGGAAACAAACCAAACAAGAAAUUUAUCCAUCGAUCUACAAAUACUUGCGAAUAAAUUUUUACACCUGCGUAACGGCCGCAUAAAUUAUUUAAAUAUUAUUACAGCUUGUCUUAAACUUAACCACAGGAAAUUACAAUGAGUUACAUUAAUUAUUAAUAAAUAUUAAAUUUAAAAAAUAACAUCAUCGAUUUAAUUAGAAGAGCGAAUAGCUCACUCCAUGUAACAAAGCUAUUUUUUUUAUUUUUAAAUGUAGGCUUGAAUGUUCGUUAUUUUUUCAAUAUUAAGUACGUUUUCGAAGUGUUUUACAAUUGUUAUUAUUUUUUCAACCAUCAUCGCAAACGCAAUAACUGUUCCUAACUUACAAAGAAAGCUGUGUCCAGUGGCGGGAGCGCCGACAGGUUCGCAUGAACCUGGCGUGUUUCCGAAGCGCAUUCACGAUUUCGAACCUGUGCAGUUCGUCCCAAGUCAGCGAAAUAAGAAGAAACUGCCAUCCGAGCUCACUUUUGUGUGAAAUUCCCAAAACAAUAUUCAUCGUGAGUUUACCGAAUAAAAUAUGUCGGGAAAUAAAGAAAAAUAAUUUAUUUGAUGUUUCUUUACAGUAAGCUCUUUUAAACGUUAGAAUUAAUAUAUAUAUUUUUAAUUUUAUGGAGUUAAGAAUAUAUUUGGAAUUCAGUUCAAAAUUUUCUCUAUGAGCUUUUUAUUUGCGUCUUUUCUUAAAAACACUAAAUGACUCUCAGUUCCAGUGGAAACGAUUUCAAAGAGUUUAAAAAAUUUUAUCUGAAAUCAAUUGAAUGUUUACAGCUCUCUGUUGAGUAAAUUUGCAGAGUUCUGUUUUGUAUAUCGCAAUCUCUGCCAACUCACAUCACUUGUGGGAACGUGACGUCAUUCAGACCGGGCUGACGUCAGCAGGUUGGACUAUUGCGGAGCAGGCUGGAACCUCUUUAACGUAACCCUGAAGAUGCUGUCUAGUAGUUGCUGCGAAGCGUUGUUUAACUCUCAACAUCACGGCGUAGCUCCAACCCGACACCCAAUACUGCCGCGAGAACGCCAGCGAAUUCCUCAGCUCUCAUGUUGUAUGUAUUAAAAAACUCUGGUUUAGUAUGUGACACUUAACUAGUGUAAUUUUCGGACAUGUGACUUCAUUAACGUCUUUAAUUUGACAGCUGAUUUUAACUUCAUCGUUUCUUAAGGAAAAUACUGGUAUAUUGGCUAGCGUAGUUUUUUUGAAGACAAAUUACAAUAUUUAAGAUGUAUGAAUGUUAACUGGAAGACGCCAUCUUAAUUUCAACAAUUUUUUCUGCCAAAAAAAAAUUGGUUUUGUUAUGAAAAUGUUGCUUCGUUAAAGCAUAUUGUAUAAUCCAAUGGAAUGUUUAAAGCUAGUGGUGGCUAGCUGCUACAAAUAUCUUACACUGUUAACAGUACUGGAGUUUAGUAUUUAAUUUAUUGUUCAGGCAACUAUAACUACUGUAACAGUACUAAAAAUAGACAUAAUGUUACGGGUUUUGUAAAUCUAUUAAUGUGAGGUCUAUGCCUCAAUGAAGGAAAAAUUUCAAUACUAAACGAUAAAAAAAUUGUAUUUAAUAAAAACUUUGAAAAAAAUAUGGCGUUUUCCGAUUUCUGUGUCUUCUACUUUGGUUCAAGUUGACUAAUAUGUGUGGAAUGUCAGUUUAAUUAUAUUAUAAUAUCUCACGUGAAUCUGUCGAAUAAAUUGCGCGCGUUCGUGGGAUGGUGAUAGACUGAACUAUAUAUUUUUUUUGAUCAAUGGAUAUAAAUUUCACAGUCACAGCUAAAAAUUGUUACCACGACAGUGUGACUUUAGUGAGGUCUGUAUUUUUGGUGCGAACGCUCUGGUCGCCGCUAUCGCCGCCGGCGCUGAAGUACCACGCUUCAGGAAAAACGGCCCGUUUCAAACGACUUCAGGUGGGAACAGCUAGCAGCAAGAUGGACUAGCGCUUACUUCCCAGCGUCGCCAAGAGCCUGACCAGGAUACGAAAAGAAAAGAAAAAAAAACAUGGACUUCCUGCAUUGUGGAGUGACAAUAAAAAAGUUCUUGAAUUUAAAAAUACUAUGAUAAACUACUUUAAAAGACUUAAAUGGAAUCCAAUUUAUGAUUCAGGACUAUUAUACAUAACUGUUUGUUAAUAUGAAUUUAAAAAACUUAGUUAGGUCUCGACCUCAAUUUUAUAGAAUGCGUAGCAAAAGAAACAAACCGUUGUUUAUUGAAUGGUAUAUUUUUUUGAGGGUUGGAUGGUUGGAGCCAAAAGUAUGAAACAUAUAACAGGGAAUGUAGAAUGUGUUUCCUCCAGAGUUGUAUGUGUUGUGACUUAAGUGGUAGAAGUUUGCCAUUGGUUUGGCCUAAGUAAGUUCAUGUUUUAAGUGAAUAAGAAAUAUUUCUCUUUUAUAAAAUGUAUAAGAACAUUCCCCUCGCUUCUCGCGCCAAAAGUAAAUGAGAUUGUCAAUUUGUUAAACGAUAUUAGAGCUUUAAGUUUUAAUUUUGUACUUGAUAUGUUAUACAAAAAAAUUUAAAUUGUAACAGGGAAGAGACCAGUGGCAGUAUGUUAGAUUUAUAUUUAUUGUUCACUUUAUAUGUUCUUACAUGUAAUUUCAACAUAAUAAUUUUACCAGGAACAAAACAUUUGAAAUGAAGCUAAAAUAAUAUGUCUAAACUAGAUAUAUGCUAAAUAUGUUACAAUAUGAAUGGUGUUUUAAUUUCAAAAAACCUUUUUAAAAACCUAAACGCCCUAUUAUAUUUUACAUUUACUCAAAUAACUAUUGAUGUUUCAAAGAAGGGUUUAUUUAGCUGUCUUCAUACGCCUUAAAUAUUGAGCUGGGAAAAAUAUUGGUGAUGCGACAUAUUAUAAAAUGGGAUUUUAAGUGUUCGAAGAAUGAACCAGGGAUAUUGUAAUUGCUGUAAAUAACAUAAUCUUUAGACAUAUCUAAAUUUGGCCAAUUUAAAUAGCUUAAAAAUACUGGACAAUGAUACGCAUGAGUUAAAUUGCCAACUUCCUAACACUGUUAUUGUCAAUUGCAAAUAAUUUGCCUAAAUGAGUAAUGUAAUAACUUUUCAACUUUUUACUCAAGGCAUUGAGGAAACGUUACAAACUUAAAGAAUCAUAUGUUUCACGCACAGUCAGCUUUUUGAUUACAUACUCAAAAAAGUGAACUUGGCUAAAAGUAAAAAUUAUGACUUUCAUGCAUCCUUAAAAGAUUGAAGCUAAGCAAAUGCCUUCAUCUUGUCAGAAAAUGUUUGAGUCAUAGUAUGCACUGCUGUAUCUUUUGGAUUUUUAUAGUUAAAGUAUAAGUUUUGAAACUUGCACACGUGGACAUAACGGUAUCCCUCCAUAACUGAUCCUUCCUUUAGAAAACAUAACACUUAAUUGACUCAAUGAGAAGAGCUAUUUCGAAGCAUCAAAAUAUUUAAAAGGUAAGUAGUUGUCAGGAUCACUAAGCAAAUUUUACACUAUAAAAUUAUUUUUAAAUUAAUUUUUUUCAAUGACAAAGCACUCUAUUUAAAGACUUGCAUUUUUGAAGCAAAUACAUAUUUUGUCCGUUCAGAUCUUUUUUUUUAUUUGUAUGUGCAUGCGUGUUGAAACGGUUGGUUAAUCGUAUUGACUAAUUGCUUUAUUUUUUAAUCCCAGCAGUUUGAUUUUCAUUUUUUAUUAAUUUCAUCACUACAAUUGUGACUUCAUAAAACAUUUCAAUAAAUUUUUAUAUAUAUUUAAAAUAAGCUGCCACUGGGAAAAGUAAAUUCACGAAAACAAUUGUGUAUUGUUGUCUUAAAAGCUAAAUAAACACGGCAUUAAUUUAUUAUUCCUUAUCGAUUGUAAUGGCAAGAAAGUUGGUGGAAACUUUGUAAUACCUAUUGGUCUGAUGAACAGUGUUUGUCCUUGUCUUGGCUGGCGACGUAUGAUGGUCUCGUGUGGUUCCACGGCCGAAUAUGCUGAGCCUCACAGUGACACAGUGUUGAAAGCCAUCGAGCACCAUAGCUCGUAUUCAAACAGAAUGAUCCCACGAUGUUUUAUCUCUUAAUUCCUCAUCACAGAGGCGGAGGAGGCACAAUAGCCAGUUGUACACCCUGGUCAAGAUUUUUUUUUUAAGUGUGAAAUUUCCGAAAUGGCCAGGAUAAAGAACCCUGGACUUUUCCAUAUUGUAAAACGGCUUUCUCAUUAAAACAGAAAUUGGAACUUCGUUAGUGUGAAAUUCCCCCAUAUUUGGUGAAAGCUUAGUGUGAUCUCUGUAACAUACAUAUAAUUAUAUAUUUUUUGUUUUCUGCUACAAAAUUUUUAUCUUAACUAUAUAUUUCUUAAACCUUGUUACACGUACGAAGGGGAAUGGGCAAAUUAAGAAUCCAAAUUUAAAACAAUGAACUGUAAAGUUUCUAGACUUUUAUGUUAAAAUAAAUUUAAUUUUUUUCUUUGUAGUUUGAAACUUAAUUAAUAUGUUUUUUUUAAGAGUGAUAGCACUUAUUACUCGGUUACUUAAGUUAUCUCGAACACUUUGUCCGCGAAGCGUCCCAAAUUACAGAGGCAUCAUUUCAGCCUCCAAAACUGUGAACCACAAUAUCUGACCAUGCUGACUGUUGCCUUACUCUAGGUGUUGUUUAGCCAAGUGUAACAUGUAAAUAGCUAGCUCUAUUACAGCCGUAAGUUUGCCAUGCUAAUGGCAAUAAAAUGCUGCCCUCGCUGCCUGAAUGUGAAGUAAGUAACUGUCCUGAUGAUUAAUAUUUAGGCGUGAAGUGUCCAUAAGCUGUUGUCUGAUUGGAUGAUUUCAAAUUUAUUAUCAUUCUUAAAAAAAAAAUAAUUUGACACGUGAAUUUGCUUUACUUUGGAAAAGACCAUUCGGAAUAAAUAAGAGUAUUUUCAGUUUAUAUAUUACAAGUAAUUAUUUAUAAAUAAAAGGAAACAUUUUAAAACUAAUUUAAUUAAUGACUUACAUCGGAAACAUGUUCGCUGUCUCUAAUAUAGUCCGAAACAGCAAUAAUGAAGCCACUAUCUGACGGUAUUUAUCUUAUAGUAAUACUCACUUAACUAAACGUUUAAUAAAAUUUUCUCUAGAUUAUCUGAGAAAUACUUACGUUACCAAAACAAGUUUCAGACUCUUUAUAGUUUAAGGCCCUGAAUUUCAUUAAAUGACAAUAAAUGAGUACAAAUAACGUCACGUAGAAUUUAAUCUAUCAAUUUUGAAUGAAACACGAUGGCUUCUUAGUUGAAACCAACAGAUGACUUAAAGAAAAUUUUACUUUAAUUAACAACACACCCGUCAGUCAAUUAUGUGGUUAUGAGCUAGAAAUAAAACAGCUUAACUUUUCGUAAAAUAAAAGUAAAAUAUACAGUGCUGUCUAGUUAAUAAUUAUGAAUUAUUAUUUGGAUGUACUGCAAGGUAAUAGGGGUAAGCUGGCGCCUUGAUAACACAAUUAAUAAUAACUUAUAAAAAUACAUGAAACAAUAAAGUAUUUUUUAUCUAUUAAAAAACUUGUUUGAGGUUAACUUUUAUAUAUAUAUAUUUAAUUUUUCGUGGACAAAUUUUAUUAUAUUAAACGAUAUGUUAAAUAUGUUAAAUGCGAACUUCAAAAUUGUCAGCAGCUUCAGCUUUUUUUUAUAGUUCAAACUUAAUCAUUUUUCUGAAAAACUAUAAACGAUUCAGAUUUGCAUGAACGUUUAUUAGAUACCUAAGUAAGAUCAGAUUUAAAUAUUUUACUUUUCUUCUAGCACAUGUCUAAAUUAUAGGGCAAAUGGCCUAACAACUUAAAUCAGAGCGCUCAGAUUUAAGAUUUAAAAUUAUGUGUCAAUUCAUAUAAAUUUAAAAAAAGUUACUGAAAUAGAUUAUUUAUUUCUCGUAUCAAAUUUUCGUUUACUCCUCUAGUAUUCGGAAUUAUUAUACCACCCCAUAGAUCGUUUAAAACGUAUUUUGGAGUACGACUUUCUAAUAAUAAAAAUCUGAAAUCCGCGGAUAUUCUACACAAUUUUUACUCUGUUAUUCUUCUAGUUGUUUAAUUUUUACAGUUUAUUAUAAUUUUAUAAUACACAAAAUUUAUUUUACUGCUUAUACGUAGUUUUAAUUUUAUUAGCUUUUAAACUAUAAUUUUCUUAUAUUUGAAAUUUUUUUCAUUUACCAAAAUCCUGAGGCAUGCCUAUAGAAGCUUCACGCGAAGUACUACUAACCUUUUUCUAAAAUGUUUCUUGUUGAUUCGUACUCAAAUUUUUUCAUAAUAACUAGUACGAGCCUUUUUUUUGUUUAUUUUUCUCUUUAAUAAUGAAAUGAAUUACGUGUAAGCAACGCGAGAAACUGUAAUCAAGCCGACUGGUCACCUCCAUUAAAAUCGGAAUAAGGAGUGUACAGGCGUGAAUAACUUGCUCUGAAUAGUCUUCUCAGUUAUGAUAUAUCCUGGGUAGCUUGAACUGACGGAUUCAGCUCGGAGUGCCUUCUGACUGCUGUGGGCCCUUGCCUUAUCAUUUAACUCUGUGUGCAAAUGCUAAUUCGACAGUUUAAAUUUUGUAGGAUAAUUAUUUACAAUUAUGCUACUUUCAACUUUGAACAGUUUUAGACAGUUGUAUAAGCCUGUUUAGUUUUGCUUUAAAGAAAACAUUACACUUGCACAAUGCUUUCUGACAUUAACUUUGUCACUUUUCUCUAAAAUAUGGUGCAAUACUAUAUAUAUAUAUACAUCUAUAUAUAUAUAUACAUCUAUAUAUAUAUAUAUAUACAUAUACAAGCCAGCUUAAACAAUGAUAUCGUCUGAAUGUUUUAAGCAAUUCAAAUAAUUAUUUUAGGAUUUUUUUUUCCUUCGUGAGAUGGCAUGCCAAAAUUUGUACAACACUCUCUUUCAGAGUGUAAUUGCUUUUCAAUGUAAAUUUUAACUAAGUAAUGCAAAUAAGUGUGUCAAAUAAUUUUAUUCACCAUGAUUUAUAUAUAAAACUGAAAAAAUCUAAUUGAUUUUGCAUACAGAUUUCGAAAAAUUAAGACUGUGAUAAAAUAGCUGCAUUUUCUUCUUCAAUAUUUUACUUAAAAUGUAUGGACAUAUGAUUUGAAUACACGACUUAUAACACUUGUUUUAGUCGAAUAACAAGAAACUUGCGUUACUAAAUUAAUAUAUUUAAGU